AUGAUUUUUAUUAUUUUGCAUAUAUUUGGAUUAUUAUUGGGUUGGUCUAUGAUUAAAGUUUCAACAACAAAUCCAGGAGGAAUGAAAGACUAAGAACAUGAUAUUUAUGAUUAAGAAGAAUUUUAAAGACUUUUAGAUUAAUUAUAUAAUAUGCAUAUUUAAUAAGAAAUUUAAGCAAGAUAAUAUCGUUAAUGUAAAAAGUGUAUUAAUAUUAUUAAACCUCCAAGAACACAUCAUUGUUCAUAAUGUAAAGCUUGCGUUUUGAAAAUGGAUCAUCAUUGUUAAUGGGUUGAUAAUUGUAUCGGCUUUUAUAAUUAUAAACAUUUCUUUUGUAUGCUAUUUUAUGCGACUUUAACAUUAGUAUUUAUGUUUGCUAAUUAUUUAAAUUGUUAUCUUGAUUCAUUUGUUAGUUUUGAAUUAAACUAUUUGGAACUUUAUUUAAUUUCUUUGACUUUUUACUUUAUUAAUUUAGCCUUAGUUAUUGUGGGAUUUUUAAUUGUGUUUCACAUUAUAUUAAUUGUAAAUAAUAAAACUACAAUAGAAUAAAGCGAAAAAAAGAAGGAUUAAAAUGAAUAUGAUAUGGGAUUUAAAUAAAACUUUUUAUCUGUUUUUGGAAAAAAUGCAUUUUUAUGGUUUUUACCAAUUGAUAUUUAAUAUGAAAGUGAGGGUUCAUAUUUUUAAACAAUAGAUUAAUUAGUAUGA